CUGGGGCUGUUCCCAGUGAGCAGCACCCCUGUCCGGCCCGCAUGAACCUCAACAAACAUGGCCUGAGCUGGGGGUUCACACUACAGAACACAUGCGCCCUCUCACGGGUGACAACCUGGCACCUUCCACGCCAGAGCCACCCUAGAGACAACUGCAGUGGGGAGCCAUGGCCCCCACCUACCAGGGAUCAGGAGGACAAGGCGAGGAUCCUGGUACACAAGACCCGCAGUCGGGAGCCCACCCCGCCUCAGGACCCCAUGGUACUGAUGCACCAGUGGAGAACUACCUAUGUCACAGACAGACACACCAAAGCCCUGAGUGGGGUGGCUACAUUGAGGCACAGAGGCUCAGCUGUUCUGGCUCCAGGGACCAGACCUGGGUUCCCAGGAACCACGUGGUGUGGGCACCGGCCCGCACCAACUGCCAGCCCAGCCCUGCCGCGCUGAUGGCCACAAGAUCGCCAGGAAGCCAGGAAAGGCUUUUAUUCACACCCACAGCUGCUGGCCACUACCAGGCAACUGCCUCAGGCCUAUGGGCCUGGACCCUCAGGACCCGAACCCACAGCCUCUGCAUCUGCCCGGCUCUGCACAAGAACUGGACAAGACAUGAAGACCCAAAGCUGGAAGGUCCUACUUCGACCACCAGCAACAGGCGCCCAGAUCUGCUGCCAUCACUCAUCCACAGGGUUCCCAGGGUGGCCACACACCUGCCCCGCCUCAGCACGCACAGCCUGGUUUCACAGGCCGCAGCCCAGCCACAUGGCCACAAUUCCAUUUUCCAGGGGGUCAAACAGAGGCUCUGAGAUGUGACCUUCACCCCCUUGCCCCCCACAAUCCGGAGGAGGAGCAUGCGAACCCUUCUGACGCAGCCCCAGAGCCCAGGGGCCC